GCAGCUGGAUCUCAUCCACAAGGCAAGCGGUGGCAUCCGCCUUCACCUCUAUUACAACCUCAUCUCGUCUACGCUCAUUAUGCCUCAAGCAGUUUCUCCACUCUUCACUCCACAAAGGCUCGUCUUCUAUGGGGCAGCUUCUGUAGCAGCUGCAGGAGGAGUCAUAGUGCGAGCCUUCAGGGAGCGAUCCAACUUUUAUGCCGCCGCCGUCUGGCUAGGCAGGAGCAACGGAUGUAUGCUUGUCCUACUCAACUUUGGCGUCUUCAUCACUCUCAUAUUCGGCAAAGUAUGCCAGGCAAUCUUCUUUGGGUCUCUCAGGCCGACAGAGGUUGAGCAUCUUUACGAGAGGUCAUGGUAUGCUGUUACCGAGACAUUGCUAGCCAUGACAAUAUUUAGGGACGAGUUUGAUGGCAGCUUUGUGGUGCUAUUUGGCACGCUGUUGUUCCUGAAGGUCUUUCACUGGCUUUGUGCUGACAGAGUGGAGCUGAUGGAGCAAUCACCGUCGGUCUCGAGACUAUUCCACGCCCGUAUGAUCAGCGUUCUCUGGACCUUGUUCUGUCUGGACCUCUUCCUGGUUGCAUUUGCGAUCGAGGUACUGGUCUUGGAAAAACAGCGGAUGGGCAUCAUGAUCAUGUUCGCCAGCGAAUUCAUGAUUCUCACGGCAACUCUUUGGGCCACAAUCGCCAAGUACAUCAUCAAUUGCCAGGACAUGCGCUCCGACGAGCCAUGGGAAGCCAAGAGCAUGUACGUCUCAGCAGUCGAUUUAGUGACCGACUUUCUCAAACUAGCGACCUACGUCUGCUUCUUCUGCCUCAUCCUCACCUACUAUGGUCUCCCGCUCAACAUUGUGCGGGACGUCUAUGUCACAGCCAGAAGCUUCUUCGGCAGGAUCAGGGAUUUGAUCAGGUAUCGUGCUGCAACAAGAAACAUGGACACUCGCUUCCCCAACGCUACACAUGAAGACCUGAGGAGAACAGACGGUACCUGUAUCAUCUGCAGAGACGAGAUGGUGGCAAGGGGUCCUGAUCCUACGCUAGCAGACCCUCAAGACGGCGUCGCCGGACCCGAAGCAGGAGGCUCCGAAGACCGUCCUACACAUGCUGCUGGAAGUGGAGAUGGACCAAAUGACACGCCAAAAAAGCUGGCUUGUGGACACAUUUUCCACUUCCAUUGUUUAAGAGCAUGGCUAGAAAGGCAACAGAGCUGUCCUACCUGCAGGCGCACCGUCUUCGAGACUACGCCAGCGCCGAUGGCAGCAGCCGCCGCACCGGUUGCAGAAGUAGCACCUCAACCUCCGGCGCAAGAGAAUGGGCAGGCACACGGACCAGCAGCAAGUGUGGCUCGACCUCCUGGGGUACCGACCCCCACCUCAACGGCUGCACAAAUCCCCGCGUCGAGAGGUGCUCACCGCCUUCCAGCACGGCAUGGCUCCGCCGGCAACAGCAGCCCUCUCGGCGAUCCCAACAGAGGGCGCCAGCAUCUGCAAGGUCUGCUCAAUCAGGUCCUCGGCGUGGACAGUCCCCAUCGUCCCAGCUCUCCCUUGCGCACUACCAUGACUGCAGAUGAGCUCUCUUCGCGUGAGAUGCAAAGACGAGGCACCGAUGACCAGCCACGCGCUGCCUUGUCCUCUUCGCGGUCGUCAUACAGCAUGCCUAGCUCGUCAAAUGGAGCCCGACGCCGCUCAAGUUGGAUGCCGCCGCCUCCUUCGAGUCUGCAAGUGCCUUCAAAUCUCGACUUGCCAGAAUUGGCUUUGCCCCUGCCUCCGCGCCAACCUGCCAGAAGUAGUAUAGACCAUGGUGGGGAAGCGGCCGGGGCUUCUACGAAAGGUACAGAUGCAGAAGACGACACUAACGAAGACAAUGAUCCCCAGGACCCACGAGAUGCCGCUAGACAAGCUGCUCUGCGGAGGUUCGGUCUUCCCCCAUCUGCAGCCAAUGCCACUACCGGAGCUGUCCCACGCUCUAGUGACGGUCUCCUUCGAGUCCCUACGGCCACUUGGCCCUCAUCGCACCACCCCUCACCUCUGGACCUUAUGGACGCUCAAGCGGAGAUCAGUGAUGAGGACCUUGACACUCCUCUCACGCCAGCGGAGUUUGACCGCCUGGCUCUGCAGACUAGAAGAGGCAUCCAGGAGCAAUUGAGGGUGGUACAAAGAGCGCAGAGCAGUCUCUGGAAGGUGUCAGUAGAGCUCAACCGUGCGCUGAGCGUGAUACCAGGCAGCGGAAGUCCUCAGAGCGGCGGAGCCGUUGAGAUCGAGUCAUCCUCGGAAGAAGAAGGCGACAGUGGAGAGCUCAAGGUGGACAAGGGUAAGGCGAAGGCAGCCGGCAGUGAUUUUGAAGCACCCCGCUCUCCCUCUGCUGUGACCAUCACGGAGCACAGUCAAACUGAAGAGAGCACCGUGUAGCUGCAAGUGGCACUGUGUCACCCGCGCCUCAUGAC